GGCCGAGGCCUCGGGCGGGAGCCAGCCAGGCCAUGGCGGAUAUCCCUGGAGGUCAGCGAGCAGUUCUCGGCGGCGGCUCAGACCCCCGAGACCCCCUAGAUUGCUGGGCUUGUGCCGUACUGGUAACAGCACAGAAUCUUCUGGUGGCUGCCUUCAAUCUCCUCCUGCUGGCGCUGGUGCUCGGGACCAUCUUGCUUCCCGCCGUCACCAUGCUGGGCUUCGGCUUCCUCUGCCACUCCCAGUUCCUGCACUCCCAGGCACCCCCUUGCACGGCGCACCUGCGGGACCCGGGCUUCACGGCCCUUCUGGUCACUGGAUUCCUGCUCCUCGUGCCGUUGCUAGUGCUUGCCCUGGCCAGCUACCGCCGCCUCUGCCUGCGCCUCCGCCUGGCCGACUGCCUCGUGCCCUACAGCCGAGCCCUCUACAGGCGCAGGCGUGCCUCGCAGCCAAGGCAGACCCGGGCCUCUCCAGGUUCCCAGGCUGUUCCGACACCUGGAAAGGUUUGGGUCUGAGGUGCAUCGUCGAGUCAAGACUCCUGUAGGCUGACCGCCCUCCUGGUUACCAAGGACUUCGAAGCCCAGUGAUACCCCGCUCCCACCCCUGCCUGAACCAGGUUCUAGGAUCCUUUUGGCGGAACAGCGGCAUCCGUGGACCCAAUGCUGGUGAAAAUUCCCACGCCCCAGAAAAUCUAUUUUACUCCAAGCAUCCACAUCAGAAUCCUGAACAUCUAUCUGGGCUGGACCCUGUACACCCUCUCUCCCCCCUCCCUUAACGUAAACUGAA